AUGUCUGAGGUAGUAACCGGUCUUGUGAAACUUACAUUUGGCUUUUUAGCGAACAAGAUUCGCAGUGGAAUUGCAGAACGUUUGAAAGAUGGCGAUGCCACAGACGAAGAAUGUCGGCGCUUGAUCGUCAGAGAACUUGACGAUAUCAAAAGCAAGCUUGAUGGUUUGGCAAGAAAGGAUUUACUGAGUAGCUUUUGUUUUCUACAAGAAGGACUCACUGCACUAUAUCUGUCACUAUUUCAAUUGGAUUCAAAUGAGAGUGCAACAGAAUCAACCUUAGUUAAAGCUGUGUCAUCCCUAUGGUCAUUCAGAGACACUGGUUCUGAUUCUCCCAUCAACGAAGCUGUUGCUCUUAUAAAUGCCAUCACUUCAUUGGAAAUACGUUCAAACGACCACUACAAGUCUGCCAUAAAAUCGUUCGAACUCGCGCGUGAAAAAGCAACCGAAGCGUUCUGUAACGAAGCGUUGUCCAUCGAAGACCGAAUUCAAGCGUCGCAGAUAAGAAUGAUGGCGAGAAUUUUAGAAAAAUUGGAACACCCAGAAGCAAGCGCUAGCGAUUGCUUGCAGUACCUUCAACAGCUUCAAGAUAUCGGAGCUAUUCAAGAAAUAUUUUCCGUUCUGAUUGACGGAGGAAUCAAGUCGAGGUUUAAUAAAACGAAGCGACUUAACAAUGCCGCGUCAGUUCAAGUUAUGAAUCAA